AUGAAUGUCAGUUUAAAUCAAUUAAUUGACAAAAUACCUAGUAUUGAAAAUAAUGGUUUGCGUCAAAACAGAUCUUUAUUAGUAAAACUUUUUGAUACUUAUUAUGGAAAUGGUAGCACCAAUAAGAGUAGGGUACUUCAUUUACAUUCGCCAACACAAAUUAAUUUAAAGGAUAAUAUAAACCAAAUAAUUGCUUCUAUUAGCAACGGCAUAGACUCUGGUGAAAUAAUAGAAUUAUAUUUAAAUAUACCUGAUAAUUUAAGAUCUUCUUACUAUAGGAACGAUAAAAAGAGAAGAAAGGGGAAACAGACGACAAAAAUAGUCUUAGAAGAUGAUUCCCUUGAAAAAUGUGACAACAAUAAAAAUAAAAAUGAAUUUAAUGAUUCUCCUAUCACUGUUUUACAAUACCCGAAUACUACACAUUUAAAUAGGACGAAGGUCAAUGGGUUUUUUAUGGUUUUAUCCUUAUUAAACACUAUAGAAAACAAUCUAUUAUCUAGUGAUGGUAAUAUUAUACCGUUGAAAUAUAUGACUGUUAGAGAUAUUUAUUACCAGAACGUUAAGCUAUACAAUAAAAAUCAAAAAAACGUAAAUAGAUGGUUAGAUGUAAUUGCAUACAGCUUAAAAUUACAAAAUAAGUACAAAUUAGGAAUUAUAGCUUCGCCAAAGGGUCUUGUAUAUUCACCAACAUGGGAUUUAAUCUUACAUAAUAAUAGUAACAAAACUAGCACAACUAUUUCUUGUGGCAAGACACAAUUGAUCCCAUAUUGUGUGAUUGAUGAUGAUAUUGGAAUAUCAUUAAGGGUUGAUGAGAAGCAUUAUUCAAAAAAGUUGAGAGGCAUAGUUGUUUUUGAAAAGGACGCAAUUUUCAACUAUUUUGUUAGUAACAAUUGUGUCGCGAAUAGUAAUCAGGAAUGGAUUUUUAUUACUGGCAAGGGUUAUCCUGAUUUGGCCACAAAGAAGAUGGUAGAAAAACUAUAUAACUAUUUUUCUGGUGGUAACAAUAAUGGCAAGAUAAUAACAAUUAAUUUUUUUGGUGAUUGUGAUCCAUAUGGAAUAAAUAUUAUUGAUAAAUAUUUACAGUUGUUUCCCAGCAUUUCUAAUACAACUGUUGUGGAGUAUAAAGGUGUUUACUUGUUAGAAAUAUUAAAUCCAAGACAAUCUGUUUCCUCAUAUACUGGUGUAUUUGGCACAAUUUGCGACAAUGGGCUGAAUUCUGCAAAUGAGACAAUUAGUGAUUUUGGUGGUUUCCAAUUUAUGCAAUUGACUUCAAAUGAUUUCCAAAUGGGUCAAAGGUUGUUAAAAAAGUUAGUUAGCAGGAAGGAUCAACAUUUGAACACUAAGAUGAUAAUUGAAUUACAAAGACAAUUGUUUUUCAACGUUAAGGGAGAAAUGAAUGUUGUUGAAAAUUGUAAUUUUCAAUCUUAUUUUUAUAGCAAAUUACUUUUAUAG